CUACCCUCCAGUUCCCCGUGGUGAUCCAGGAGGCAAAGUUCUACGUCAGCCUUUAGUGAUUCCCACAAGCCUAUCUAUACUGACAGAAAUUCCAGUGUUCCUAGCAUGCUCCAUGACUAAAGCUGAUAAUGGCUUUAUCGUGUAAGCAAUGUGCAUUUUAAUACACCGAGUAGUUUGAUGUGUAUACUUACAACUACCCAGAAGUCCUUAUUCAGCAAAAGUGCUUUUGCACCUUUUCAUCCAUUUGAAACAUACAAGCCACCAAUUAGACAAGUGCAAAGCUAAUGUUGUUUUAACACAUUGUUUUCACCCCAGAGAUGUUAAUUUCACUGGAUGAAAACCACAGUAGAGUAUGUUGGCAACUUAAAAAUUAUUCAUUCACAAAGUGAUGAAAAGAAGGGACACAGUUGAAAAUAAAUGGAUUAAGACUGAAUAAAAUCAUCAGUACAAGUGAAGAGCUGUGGAGUGUAGGGGAUGCAGGAAUUAAAAUAGACAAGGAUAACUGUUUAGAUGAUGCUGGGCCAGUCACGAUUGACAUUACAGAAAGAAGUGGGAUGUGACAGCAAGUAAACUCUUUCUUAAACAAAAAAACCCGCAAAACUUAUUCUCUUCAGUAGCAAAGAAUUUCAAAACAUAGGCCCAUUCUUGGUAGUUAAGACAGGUGUGGAAUACUGUAAAGUCAAUCCGAGGGUAAAAAAGCAACUUUAUAUACAUGGUCAAAAAAUAUACGGCCAUACCGUCUUCUCGUCCAUUACCUGGGGACUGCACCCCCAGUGCACUCCGAGGCCAAGUCCAUCCUAACUCAUUAGCGACAAUAUACUCAACUGUGAAUAAACUAGCCAGUUUUUUCUUCCUUUUUUAAAUUUAAAUAAUACACACAAAUACAGGACCUAUUGUUAGUAGUACUGGAUUGCAUACCCGAGGAGCGGUAUGUAACGCUUCAGUAUGCGCUCUGGAGCCAGACUGCUGGGGAAAAAUUCUCAGCUUUCCCAUUUACUACUCAGAGUAAAUUGCUUAAUCUGUGACUCAGUUUGCUUGUCUGUAAAAUGAGAAUGUCACGGAUUUCACGGGAUUAAAAUCUUAAAAAGCCCUUUGGGCCCGCCUGUCACACAGCUCAAUAAAUAUUGGCUGCUGUAAGGUGUUGCCAAAAAAUGACCUGAACUGGCAGUUCUGCCACACUGCGUAACGCUUCACGCUGAUAGGCGUUUAAGGGGAAACCCGCACGUCCCGCCGCGACCACCGGCCCCACACGGUCUCCGCUCUGUGCUCCGCACAGCACAGCCUCCCCUUCCGGACCCGGGAAGGCCCGUCAGAGGCCCAGGCACGCCAGGGGCGGAGCCAGGACGCGGGCCGGGUCUCGAAGUUCAGCACCUCCCAGCCCCGGUCCACGAAUCUGAGCCAACGCGGGGGAGUCUGAGGCUCCGGAGCAGAGCAAGGGGGAGGGCGGGACGCCUCUGGCGGCCGUAAACAACUGCAGCGGCGCCCCGCAGCCCGCAGGAGGGCGGGGGCUCCAGGCGGCCCUCGGAGAGUGGGGCGGUGAGGCGCGAGGCCCUGGGCCGGGGACGUGGCUGCCCAAUGGGUGCCGGACGCCGAUCGCGACCUACUCCGCCUGCUCCUUUCGUCGUCAAGCUCGAGUCGUGGCACCCUCGGAGCUGCCAUUGCCGGGACCCUCUCUCCUAUGCACCUGUCGCUUUGACUGUUCGAUGGAAAGGGAAAAUGGAACCCUAAAUCAGGCAUCUGCUAGGCAGCAGCCAAUGAAAUAGGCCGCGGCGGUGGGGUCCUUUGCUCGCGCCUAAAUUCAAAGGCAUAAAUAGUUCUGGUCCGGUGCCGAGCGCGGGCGAGGGUUGCGGCAACUCUGGUAGUUCUCCUUCCAUAGCGCCCAGGCCCGGUGAGGGGGCCCGUUCACCGUCCCGGGGGCCUGGAGGAGCUUCGGGGCGUCUCCAGUCGAGGCCUGACGAGAGAACUACUUCGUGACCUGUUUGAUUGGUAGCAGAGGUUUACCGGUGCAAGUCGGUGGUGAAAAUGCAUAUUAAGUCAAUCAUUCUUGAGGGAUUCAAGUCCUAUGCUCAGAGGACUGAGGUCAAUGGUUUUGAUCCCCUCUUCAAUGCUAUUACUGGUUUAAAUGGUAGUGGAAAAUCCAAUAUAUUGGACUCCAUCUGCUUUUUGCUGGGCAUCUCCAACCUGUCUCAGGUUCGGGCUUCUAAUUUACAAGAUUUAGUUUACAAAAAUGGACAGGCUGGUAUUACCAAAGCUUCAGUGUCAAUCACCUUUGAUAAUUCUGACAAAAAGCAAAGUCCUUUAGGAUUUGAGGUUCAUGAUGAAAUUACAGUAACAAGGCAGGUGGUUAUUGGUGGCAGAAAUAAAUAUUUAAUCAAUGGAGUAAAUGCAAACAAUACUAGAGUACAGGAUCUCUUCUGUUCUGUUGGCCUUAAUGUCAACAACCCUCACUUUCUCAUCAUGCAGGGCCGAAUUACAAAAGUAUUGAAUAUGAAACCUCCAGAGAUUUUGUCCAUGAUAGAAGAAGCAGCUGGAACCAGGAUGUAUGAAUACAAAAAAAUAGCUGCCCAGAAAACUAUAGAAAAAAAGGAGGCUAAGCUGAAAGAAAUUAAGACGAUACUUGAAGAAGAGAUUACUCCAACCAUUCAAAAAUUAAAAGAGGAAAGAUCUUCCUACUUGGAGUACCAAAAAGUAAUGAGAGAAAUAGAACAUUUGAGUCGUUUAUAUGUUGCUUAUCAGUUUUUGCUGGCUGAAGACACCAAAGAACGUUCAGCUGAGGAGUUAAAAGAAAUGCAGGAUAAAGUUGUAAAGCUUCAAGAAGAAUUGUCUGAGAAUGAUAAAAAAAUAAAAGCACUCAAUCAUGAAAUAGAAGAGUUGGAAAAAGGAAAAGAUAAGGAAAGUGGAGGUAUACUCCAAUCUUUAGAAGAUGCUCUUGCAGAAGCUCAGAGAGUUAAUACUAAAUCUCAAAGUGCCUUUGAUCUCAAGAAGAAAAAUCUGACAAGUGAAGAGAACAAACGCAAAGAGCUAGAGAAAAAUAUGGUUGAGGAUUCUAAAACUUUAGCAGCAAAAGAAAAAGAGGUUAAAAAGAUAACAGAUGGGCUGAAUUCCUUUCAAGAAGCAAGUAACAAAGAUGCUGAAGCUUUGGCUGCUGCACAGCAGCACUUCAAUGCUGUUUCUGCUGGCCUGUCCAGUAAUGAAGAUGGAGCAGAAGCAACUCUUGCUGGUCAAAUGAUGGCUUGUAAAAAUGACAUAAGUAAAGCUCAGACAGAAGCCAAACAGGCUCAGAUGAAGUUGAAACAUGCCCAACAAGAAUUAAAAACCAAACAAGCUGAAGUUAAGAAGAUGGAUAGUGGCUACAGGAAGGAUCAAGAAGCUUUAGAGGCUGUGAAAAAACUUAAAGAAAAACUUGAAGCAGAAAUGAAAAAGCUAAAUUAUGAAGAAAACAAGGAAGAAAGCCUUCUGGAAAAGCGCAGGCAGCUCUCUCGUGAUAUCAGUAGAUUGAAAGAAACAUAUGAAGCUCUUUUGGCCAAAUUUCCCAAUCUUCGAUUUGCUUACAAGGAUCCAGAGAAGCACUGGAAUAGAAAUUGUGUGAAAGGACUUGUAGCUUCUCUGAUUAGUGUGAAAGAUACUUCUGCAACCACAGCUUUAGAAUUGGUGGCUGGGGAACGACUGUACAAUGUUGUAGUAGACACAGAGGUCACUGGAAAAAAGCUACUAGAAAAGGGGGAAUUGAAGCGUCGGUACACUAUAAUUCCACUCAAUAAAAUUUCAGCCAGAUGUAUUGCUCCAGAAACUUUGAGGGUUGCUCAGAAUCUUGUUGGCUCUAACAAUGUUCAUGUGGCUCUUUCCUUGGUUGAAUACAAACCAGAACUUCAGAAAGCAAUGGAAUUUGUCUUUGGAACAACAUUUGUUUGUGACAAUAUGGAUAAUGCAAAAAAAGUGGCUUUUGAUAAAAGGAUUAUGACUAGAACUGUAACUCUAGGAGGUGAUGUAUUUGAUCCUCAUGGGACAUUGAGUGGAGGUGCUCGGUCCCAGGCAGCUUCUAUUUUAACUAAGUUUCAAGAACUUAAAGAUGUUCAAGAUGAGCUGAGAAUCAAGGAGAAUGAGCUACAAGCUUUAGAAGAAGAAUUAGCAAGUCUUAAAAACACUGCUGAAAAGUAUCGCCAACUAAAACAGCAGUGGGAGAUGAAAACUGAGGAGGCAGAUAUAUUACAAACCAAACUCCAGCAAAGCUCAUACCACAAACAACAAGAAGAAUUAGAUGCUCUUAAGAAAAUCAUUGAGGAAAGUGAGGAGACCUUAAAAAACACCAAAGAAAUUCAAAAAAAGGCAGAAGAAAAAUACGAAGUAUUGGAGAAUAAAAUGAAAAAUGCAGAAGCUGAACGAGAGAGAGAACUAAAGGAUGCUCAGAAAAAACUGGAUUGUGCCAAAACAAAAGCAGAUGCUUCUAGCAAGAAAAUGAAAGAAAAACAACAGGAAGUUGAAGCUAUCACCCUGGAGCUAGAAGAGCUCAAGAGAGAGCACAUAUCCUAUAAACAGCAGCUUGAAGCUGUAAAUGAAGCUAUCAAAUCUUAUGAAGGUCAGAUCGAAGUAAUGGCAACUGAGGUGGCUAAAAGUAAGGAGUCAGUGAAUAAAGCUCAGGAAGAGGUGACCAAACAAAAAGAAGUGAUAACAGCCCAAGACAAUGUAAUUAAAGCUAAAUAUGUAGAAGUGGCAAAAUAUAAGGAACAAAACAGUGAUUCUCAGCUUAAACUUAAGGAACUGGACCACAAUAUCAGUAAACAUAAACGGGAAGCUGAAGAUGCUGCUGCAAAGGUAUCCAAAAUGUUGAAAGAUUAUGACUGGAUUAAUGCAGAGAAACACCUCUUUGGGCAACCCAGUAGUGCCUAUGAUUUCAAAACUAACAACCCCAAAGAAGCUGGCCAGAGACUUCAGAAGUUACAAGAAAUGAAGGAGAAACUAGGAAGAAAUGUCAACAUGAGAGCUAUGAGCGUAUUAACAGAGGCUGAAGAGCGGUAUAAUGACUUGAUGAAAAAAAAGAGAAUUGUAGAAAAUGACAAAUCCAAAAUCCUUGCAACUAUAGAAGACCUUGACCAGAAGAAAAACCAAGCCUUAAAUAUUGCGUGGCAAAAGGUAAACAAGGACUUUGGGUCUAUUUUUUCUACUCUUUUACCUGGUGCUAAUGCUAUGCUUGCACCUCCAGAAGGGCAAACUGUAUUGGAUGGUCUGGAGUUCAGAGUUGCCUUAGGAAAUACUUGGAAAGAAAACCUAACUGAACUUAGUGGUGGUCAAAGGUCUUUAGUGGCUUUGUCAUUAAUAUUGUCCAUGCUCCUCUUCAAACCUGCUCCAAUUUAUAUCCUGGAUGAGGUAGAUGCAGCCUUGGAUCUUUCUCAUACCCAGAAUAUUGGACAGAUGCUCCAUACUCAUUUCACACAUUCUCAGUUCAUUGUGGUGUCUCUAAAGGAAGGUAUGUUCAACAAUGCAAAUGUCCUUUUCAAGACGAAGUUUGUGGAUGGUGUUUCUACAGUAGCCAGGUUUACUCAAUGUCAGAAUGGAAAGAUUCCAAAGGAAACCAAAUCCAAGGCAAAAGGACCCAAAUGAUCAUAUGUGGCAGUUAAAAGUACAAAUUUACUCCUUCACCUUGACCUGUUUUUUAAACAAACUUUUUAAGAGCUUGGGAUUUACUUAAGUUGCUCAUGUAAAUAUUAUUUCAUUGCUUAACCCAUAUUGUCUCUUCCUUUAUAUAAUCAUUUAUAAGUAAGCAUAGAUUCCUUUUUUUCUUAACUAUGGUCCAAUUACUGUGAUUGUGAUUUUAUGCAUAUCAUCAAAUGUUUCUUCUCACACAAGUCUUUUGUAUCUAUUAGCUUGAGAUAACUGGUUGGUGAUAAAUUCUGCUUGUAAAAAAAAAUACAAAGAAAUAGAUGAAAUUAUAGGAUAAAUAUAGCUGAUAGCGUUUAAUUAGUUUAACUCCUAAGGUAAUAUUAGUGUGUUUUCAAUUGCUAAUGAAGUCAUUUGGUAAGGAGAUUUGUAAACAAAGUAGUUGGACUAACAAAGGGAACACAAAGGGAGCUGUCAGGGCAGCACUGAGCUAUUUCAUGGUUAGUUCCUUGAGGACACAAUUCUCGUCCCUGAUUUAAACUCAGAUGGGAAAGAGAUCUUGAAAGAUUUCUCUCAUUUUAAUGAUGUUUGAAUAUCAUGUUCCUAUGUGCUUAGUAAAUGGUCUUUGCAAUCUUAAGUUUUAGAAAAAAUAUUUGGGUUUUUAAUAGAAGCUAGGAGAAGGUAUGUUGCAUGUUGGCUGCACACUUAUCUGAAGUCUCCUAAUAUUUUCAAAAAUUUUGCCAACCCUUUCAUAAUCCAGUCAAUAACAAGCUAUUAGUGAAUGAGAAUGUAGGAGCCCCCAGAUUAAACAAAAUGUAUAUUUUUCCUUCAGUAUGAUAUAUAAAUAAAUAGAUCCAUCUGUUCUACCAAAAAAACCCCCUCAAAAUUUAAUGAUUGUUGUAUUUCUUAGUGCUUUCCAGUUCAAAAGGUGAAGUUCCUUUAAGAACUCAAAGGAUGGAGCUAAUCACCAGAAGGCUAGUGUGUAUCAUUCUUAGCAUCUCCAGGUACCUCACCAGGAGUUUCUCCAAACUGAAUCUUCAAAGUUCUGACAUGACCCAACCUGAUCUUGGCAAUGUUCUUUUGGCCCCAUAGUCCUCCUCGAUACUAUGUCUUAGUUCCUUUGUGUUAUCCUUUCCCUAAUACAUGCUCAUACUUUUUGGCCUUGGGCUUAACAGUUCUCAUCCACCAUUCUCACAUGUAUCUGAGGAUGUCAGAGAACACUGAUGGCUGAUUUAGGGGACACAUUAGAAAAGAUUGUAUCUGGAAAUAGCUCUGUUCACUGUGGAAAGAAAGGGAGACAAAACUAUGAAUGUUAAGUUAUAGCAAGUCUAGCAUCUCAUGUAACAGACAUGCUUUUAAAAAUUUCCUUUCAGAUAUUUACAAAUUGCUAAAAAAGCUACAUCAGUUCAGUCACCAAUACAGUAUACCUGUUGACUGCAGCCUAGUCAAGCACUGGCCUGUAACUAGAAUACUUCUGAUUUGGCAAUUAUAAAAUGGUACUUCACUGCUGUUUUAGUUGCUUGCUGGGGGUUGAAUAUUUUGUCAGAUGUACUAAUUUUCUUUAUUACAAAUUUUGUUUGCUUUCCUAGUUUUUGUCAUAUAUAAUCUUCCUCUUUGAUGAAAAUCCUCAAACAUUAGAUUUUUGUGAGUAAUGUCAUUCUUUGAUUAGGGGGAAGACAUUAAGGGGAGAGGGGAUAUGUCACAUAUUUACAAUAAUAUGAGUGAUAUUUAUUGAGCUUUUUCUGUACAUGCGAAACUAUACUCAGUUGUACAUGUUUUCACAUUUAAUACCAAUAAAACCCAGUGUGGUAAAUUGUUAAUCAUAACCAUUGUCAUCAGCAUUAUAUGAUUUAGUAAAUUGAGCAGAGAAGAAAUUUGCCCACAGUGAUAAUACAGUCAGUGAGUGACAGUGUCAAGAUACAAAUCUUGGUAGUUGGUCUCCAGGAACUGUGAUACACUACUUCCCUGACAGCUUGAACAUUUGCAUUUAUUGUACAUAAUAAAUUUAAGAGCUAUCAGGAUAAGCAGUGUGUACAACAUAUGAAAAUAAUCUUUUGGAAGAACCUCAAACAUUUGAAGAGAAGAUUCUUUGUGGGUUUUGUUUUUGUUUUGACAUUUUAAAAUAACAGCAGAUGGAAAGCACGAACUUGAGAAUUCCUCUUCUAAUCUGGUGGAGUAACCUAAGGUCCAGCACUCCCCCAGUCAUGCCAUCUGCACAUCAGGGCAGUUUGUUUCUUCCUUUUUGCCUGUAUGCCUUUCCUUUCCUUAUCCUACUGCACUAGCUUGAACUUCCAGCACUGUGCUGUAUAAGAGUGAUGAGAGCUGGAAUAUAUUUGCCUUUUUAUCCCCAAAUCAGGAAGAAAGCAUUCAGUCUUUCACCACUAAAUAUGUCAGCUAUAUGAUCAAACUAGGAAUAGAAGGGAAUUUCUUUAUUAUGAAUGGGUAUUGAAUUUUGUCAAAUCCUUUUGCUAUGUUGAUUGAUAGGAUUAUGUAAGUUCUUCUGUAAUCCUUUAGUAUUACGAAUUACAUUACUCAAUUUUUUAAUAUUAAGCCAGUCUUUUACCCCUGAAAUAAACCCUGCUUGGUCAUGGUA